UCACACACAUUCCACAAGAUAUUUUCUAAGAUAUUGCAACAUAACCUACUUGAUGACUGAAAGCUACCUUGGGGCGUGCCAUCUCCAUGCAAAUAUAAGCAGUUCCCUCUGAGGGUGUCUGAUCAGACUUGUGCUUUGUGCUUCUCAUCAUCUCGGUUUCCUCAAGAACUAUCCCAAUGGAUUUCAGGGCUCUUGUUCUGAUCCUUUUUCUCUCCUUGCCCACCAUAGUGGCCAUCCCAAAAUGCUGUGUGAAAACUCCAAUUGUGCCAAUCAACAUUCUGAUGAUGGUAAACAAAUAUGAUGUCCAGAGCAGCUACGGUAUCUGUGACAUUGAUGCCGUCAAAUUGCAUGUGAACGGGAAGAGGUACUGUGCUCACCCAAAAGUCAUAAAGAUCCUAGAACUGCUCGAGAAACGGCGACAGCGGCGACAGGCACGUGCCAGUUGGACGGGUAUUUGAGGAUGAUGCCAUCCACGGAGUCGUCUUCCUUCUGUUUAUUCUUUUUUUUAUUUGUGCCAUAUGCUUUACAAAUAUACACAUGAGCUUAAUUUAGGAGAGGGGUUUAUUGAGAGAGGAGAUAUGCUCAUAUAUAUUUAACUCAGUUGUUUAGGCCUACUGUGAAUAAACUGGUUUGGGUUUGGGAGCUGAUUGGGUAUCACAUUCUCAUAUUUUCCUCUGCUAGAAAUGUUAAGGUUGAUCAUUUUGUCUCAAGGCAAUUUACAUGUUUAUGGAGAUAUUAUUUUUUACUGUUUUACUGUGUUUUCACCAUUCAUAUCCAACUUCAUUAAUUCCAUCCAUGAAUGUGUGUACUGUAAUUGAUGCAAAUAAACUAUACAACUGGA